CUUGCCCUGUGAAGAAAACUACACAGAAAAAGAUUGGUGAUUUUUUUACAGCGAGAUCUUCAUCUAAAAAUAAAGAAAAUGAAUUUGAGAGUAGAGAAAAUGUUAGUUGUAAUCGUGGACAAAAUGAUGGGUAUGAGUCAGCUUGGGAAAAGAAAAGAGGUGAAAAAAAGAGGAAUUUUAAAGAUCUGUUUGCAGCUCGCUCUUUCUCUACUGAUAAAAAUGAAGAUGAUGGAAAUAUUGAUUGUAAUGAGGUACAAUGUGAUGAAAGUGAUUAUAAAUUACCUUGGGAUCUUGAACGUACAAAAAAUAGGAAAUAUGAUGAUUUUUUUGAAACUCUCUCUUCAACUACUGAUAGACAAAACAACAAUGGACUUAAUAAGGAACAAGAAAACGAUGAGGACUGGGAACCGAAAAUAACACAACCCAGAAAUAAACAAGGCGAAAUGGGAAGGAUGAAAGAAAAUUUGGAUUAUAGUCAGAGUUUUGCUUCGUUCAUAACGUUUCCCGAUGAAGACGAGGGUGAAAUUCGGGUGUCUCAACGAUUUGUAGGUGGAAAUGGAUUAGAAAGUGGAAAACCAGGAGAAAAUAGGUUUGUGAGUGGAAAAUUAGGUGGAAAUAUAUUUGAAAGUGGUAAACCUGGGAAGAAUAGAUGUGAUAGUGGAAAAUUGGGUAGAAAUGGGUUUGAAAGUGGAAAAUUAGAUGGAAGUGAGUUUGUAGGUGGAAAAUUGGGUGGAAAUAUAUUUGAAAGUGGAAUACUUAGAGAAAAUGAGACUUGUGAAAGGAAGAAAAAUGAUUUGGAGUCCAUUAAUGGAGGUGAUGAAAGUUAUCUGGUGACUUUUGAUGACAUUAUUGGUGCUCAAAAUGGCGAAAUUGAGGAGGAGGAGGAGGAGGAAGAAGAUAAUUAUACUGAGGACAUAUUUGCGGCUGAUGAAGAGAUUAAAAAUACAGUCAAAGAUGAGAGUAAACUUGAGACCGGCAUUGAUAAAAUUCGAAAUAAAUUGAUGAAAUUUCGCAGAGUUGAGUAGAGUGGUAAGUGAGAUAGACUGAGAUGAAUUUAUAUAUUUUAUGAAUAACCAAAUAGAUAAAAUAGAGUGAGAUAUUAAGAUAUUUAAAAACAGUUAGAUGAAGUAAAUAUUCUGGGAUUAAUCCUAAAAAAAUGAAUUGUUGUCGUAUAGUGAUAUAGUUAUUUGGAUGAUGUAUGAAUACUGUAUGUCAGAGCAGCUAAUAAAAUACUAAUAGAGCAAAGUAAGACUAAUACAGUAAAAUUCAGUCUUAUUUUUAUAUGAUUCCAAGUUUAUAAUGCAAGAGUUUAGAAGAAGAUACUUUUCUAAAUAGAAAGACUCUAUUUUCUAGUAGGUGAUUCCUUGUAGCAAUGAUUUGGAUGAUGUAUGAAUACUGUAUGUCAGAGCAGCUAAUAAAAUACUAAUAGAGCAAAGUAAGACUAAUACAGUAAAAUUCAGUCUUAUUUUUAUAUGAUUCCAAGUUUAUAAUGCAAGAGUUUAGAAGAAGAUACUUUUCUAAAUAGAAAGACUCUAUUUUCUAGUAGGUGAUUCCUUGUAGCAAUGAUUAAAAUUCAGUCUUAUUUUUAUACGAUUCUAAGUUUAUAAUACAAGAGUUUAGAAGAAGAUAUUUUUCUAAACAGAAAGACUCUAUUUUCUAGUAGGUUAUUUAUUUUAAAUAAUGUCUCCCUAUUCCAGAGUGAAUACAGUAUCUCCAAGGACUUAUAUUAUGUGCUGUUCAAGAAUAAUAAGUAACAUUUACUACAUGAAAUAAAUCUUUUUCCAAGUAGACUUCAUUCAUCCUAAAGAACUAAUGCAUAUUUAGAAUUUAGACCUAAAUGAAUUCAAAGACUUAGUGCCGGUUAAAUUUUAACCGUGAUUAAUUCCACUAGAACCAAUCAGAGAAGGCGUCUUUAAAAAGACUGAUUGGUUCUCGUGGAAUUAAUCACGGUUAAAAUUUAAACGGCUUUUGUGCAACCGGGCCUAGUUCUGUUUUCAAUGCUCUUCUACUAUAGUUGAAGUGGAUAAGAUUCUCAAGUUUACAUUAUGUUUUUCUAUGAAUUUCAUAAUUUAAGAAGCGGAGUUAUACCUAGUUAAUCAGAUGAAAUUAUAGUUGAAUGAAUUUCAUUUAGUUGAAGUAUCUCAUCCUAAUAGCCAACUUUUGUUUAAAUGUUACUUGUUGUUCAAUCAUAUAAAAUCAUAGAAUGAUAAUGUAUCUGCCUAUGUAUAAAUAAAUAAAUCAGUUUAAUUAAGUUGAGUAUCUCAUACUAACAGUUAUACUUUUUCUACUGUUACUUGUUAAUUCAUUUCACAUCAUCACAUGAAAUCAAU